AAGAAUCACGACUGCCCAUUUCAGUCACGUAAAUGUCAAAACAUUCUUUUCACAAUGUUUCCAAUAUCAAACACAACUAUCCAGGUCCAAAAAUUCCGAGUUCCUAAAGAGAUCGAAUUUCAUGCCCAUGAUGAAGGUAGAAACAAACAGGUGUUUUCAUCGUAUUUUCAGCGACGAUGUAUCGCGAGCUUUAUUCGAAGCCUCAAAGCGAAAGUACGCGGAUAACCGCGGAUGGCGCAGGAACACCGGUCGAAGAACAAACAGGACUCGACUGGCUCGCGGCACCGUCCAAAUUGAAGCGCGUGAUCACGAUGGAAGCUGUACACACAACGCGUGCUGCUGGCUGCGCGUCCUGUGCGCGAUUGAGCUCCGCGGGAAGCGUCGCGCGUGGUUGCGCGGCGCACAACUGCGCAGGUUGCGCGUGCGCGUUGGCGAGCUUGUGCUGUCGUCGCUACGGUGGCGCCAGUCAUGGCGGCGGAAACACACGCGCACGCCGCUACCACCGCCACCGCUGCCGCCGGUCGGUGCCUCCACGCCUCUACCUCGCCUCCGCCACCGCCACCGCCGCCGAUCCCGCGACUCGUGGGUAACCGACUCGAAGGACCUGCAGGUGCCCUUCAGCACGGCGGCGUCGCUGGGCUACGGCUUGCAUCACAUGCUGCAUCUGCCGCCGCAAUUCCUGCACCCGCUCGACCAUAGACUACCCUUCGGCGGGUUCCGGCCUCUGGUGCCGUCCGCGUUCGCGCCCCCCAGCAAGUGCCUCAAGGUCGAGACCGGGAACGGCGCGGUGCCCGGAAACGGCGGCCUGCCCAGCAUCGGCUCGCUCACGAGCAUGUCAAACAUGUUCUCGCCCACGUCCCUACCGGGCGCCGGCGGGGGUGCGGUGGUGUCUGUUUCCGGCGCGGCGGCCGUCGCAGCCGCCGCCGCCGCCGCCGCCGCGGCCAGCCAGGAAGUCGGGGGCCCGCAGAGUCCGGCCGGUUCCGCCAGCCGAUCGCCCACCGGUACCGGCGGUACCGGUUCUGUGCCGAAUCGCGGCGCUACCCCCGAUGAGGAGGACCGCGACGCCAACGCUACACCCGGCUCUGAAAACACCGAACGAUCCACUCCGGAGGAGGGACGACCAUACAGACUGGGGCCUGUGUUCGGGGGCCGAUGCGGCGCGGAGGCGCUCGGUCUGGGGCUGGGGCUGUCGCCGGGCCCGGCCUACAGGUUCGCUCUGCCCCCGGGACUCGCUGCCAAGACCACCCGCUGCCUUGUAUUCGACCAAGUUUGCGCAGCCGGCUUAUCCCAGCUCCCUUCGUUAUCUCGGCUGCUCUUGUUCUGCUCGGAGAGACGGAAUCGCAAGAAAAAGUUUCCCUCGGACCCGUCUUGCUGCCCGGUAUGCGGCGUGACAGUGAGACCGCAAGAAUUGGAGCAACAUUUCGCCCAAGAGCUCGAUCGGCUCUAUAAGGUCUCUUCCGCGACCUCGAGGCCUCGACCUUCGAGGUCGACCUUGCCGCCGACGCACCCGCAAGAUCAUCCCCAUGGAUCGAUGCUACACGCCCCAUCGGCGGCGGACGGUACCCCUCAGGGCAGAUGGGAGACGUACAAAAGGAUCAAGGCCAAUAGACAAGCCAGAAUACGCGUGAAGAACCGGAAGAGAAAAGCGGACGAGACGUCCUGUCCGGUGUGCAGCGAGAGGCUGUCGGGUACUCCGGAGGAACUGAAUCAGCACGUCGACCGUUGUCUGAACAAGCAGAACAACGGGAACCCGGCCGGGCAGAACGCGACUCUUGACGAAGAAGAGGUCGACGUCGAGGGCGACGCCGAGACCUUCGACGAGUACGAGUGGGCCGGCCAGAGGAGAGUACGCGCCACGUCUAUGCUCGUCGGUGGCUUCUCCGCCGCGGGCCUCGCCACCUCCUCGAGCAAUCGCUCCGGUCCCGGGGGUGGUCCCGGCAACCAAGAAGACGAAGACGUGGACCUGGUGGUCGACGGCGACGACGCCGCCGAGUUCGGCCCGGCGCAGUAUUCCGAGGCGGACGUGGUGGCGCCGCGGAUCGACGGCACGCUGCGGGAGCAGAAGGAACGGGACGCCCUUCGCGAGGCCGUCAUCUCGCCGAACGCGCCGCACACCCCUCAGCAGCUGACGCCGGAGCAGCUGAGCGCGCAGGGCCUGGUCGAGGUGAAGCCGGAGCCGGGCGCCGCGACCCCCGUCGGCCAGCAGAACGACCCCGACGAGGGUGCCUCCGGCUCGCCCAGGAGAGACGGCGAUACGCCGGUCGUGGAGGCUCUGCGGGGUCGCAUUCGCGAGCUCGAGGCCGAGAUGCGCGGCCAGCCCUUCAAGUGUCUCAUUUGCAUGGAACAGUACAAGAAGCCAGUCACUUCGGUCUGCUGCUGGCACGUACACUGCGAGCAAUGCUGGUUGCACACUCUGUCUGGACGUCCGACGACGUCACCGGCCGCAAAAGCUGCCAAGAAACGACGUCUCUUGUCGGUGUUGCAGGGUGCGAAGAAGCUCUGUCCGCAAUGCAACAUGAUAACGUCACCGUCCGAUCUGCGACGUAUCUACAUGUGAGCCGACUCGACGUCGGAGAAGAAUCGUGGGACGAUCGGCCGUGGCAGCGAGCGGUCGUCGGCAAGCCACCCCCUCAUCGCCACCGCCCAAGCCCCCGCAGCCCUCCCGCGGUCGCCCGUGUAAAUACUUGUAUAUUUGUCUGCGUUCACGUAAAUUAACUCCCUUAAGAUUAACGUAUACGUUUAAUGCAUCUUAGAUAUUAGUAAAUUAACUCCCUUAGUCCACGCACACAUACACACACACACACACACACACACACACACACACACACACACACACACACGUAAAGAUCGCCACGUAAUAAGCACCACGUCGCCAGCCCAGCAUCACUUUGUCGCAGUCUUGCGCAUCGACGACGACCACCUCCGCCAUAUUUAGUAUUAUUCCGCCACCCUCUUUUCGGUCGUCCUCUUUUCGGAAAGUGCGCGUGAAGCGCCCUCGUUUCGCGUUUAUUGUCGAAGCCUGAUCGAGCGAUUCCGCACGAUUUUGCCCCACAGUAAUUUCUCUUACGUAUCGAUACCGCAGCGAUCGCGCUCGUUUGCGAGAUUGAGUUGUCGUCGAGAUUCGACUCUUACUCGCGGAUUACUCGCGGCUUACCGGAACUCGGUGAGUUUCUUCGGUCUCUGAUUUCCGUCUCGGAAUUUCCCGGUGAAUCUUACAUUUCGACGAUUGAUUGUUGGGUGAUGAAUUAAUUCGUCUCUCUGUGUGUGCCUUAACGAUGAUUUUCGCGACGACGGUCUCUAACGGACUUCGCGGCUGUACUCGUUAGGUCGUUUAUGAAAUUCCGUUCGCGCAUCAAAUGAUUGUUCAUACGUUGUACCGUAAAUCUUACACGUGUACGUCUGUCUGUAUUCACUGUCGACGUUCGGCUACUUAAUGAAGGUAUCGCUUGUUAAAGACGUGUCAAUACUGCGAAACGUAGGCGAUUUCGAUUUCCCACCGACGUGUAUCUUCGUCGUCGUCGUCGUCGUCGUUGUUGUCGGUCGACCGCGCCGCACGCUCUUCUACAGUAUCCUCGUUUCACAGACGAGAUUACAGGAUCUUAAGAUUAUGCGUAAGGACGACGCGAGAGAGAAAGCCGAUCGCCCACGAUCGUGGCUCUUGUUUUACGUCUCGAAUAAUUUACGUCGCACUUUCACGAUUGCGUAACGAACUUUUCCCGUCGAGCGUUGCGUUCCUCAACGAUCGGCUUUCGGCGCGUCGGCCGUAUAAUUACCGAGAAACUUUUAGAUCAUCGCAAAAUCAGUCUCUCUCUCUCUCUCUCUCUCUCUCUCUCUCUCUCUCUCUCUCUCGCGCGCGCGCGAUGCACCUUGCGAGCUACUGUAAAUACACUAAACGGAUCAAGAAGAGAAGUAAGUUCUCCGAUCGCUGUUCUGUAAUCGAAAUAAAAACGAUCAUGGAAUGUACAACUGUGUGUGCUGCGUCGCCUCCACUUAUUUUCUCCCCGGACAAGCAAACGGCCAUCUCUCCGUGUACUCCUGCGCCGCUGGUAGAGAGGCUUCUCGGCAGGUACGUGCGAGAAUAUUUUAGCGCAUCGCUCUUCGACUGUUGUUUGGUCAAACGGGCUAUGCAGUUUAACGUUCUCCCCGUCUAGACCAUGAAGAGCUCUGAAGGAGAUUACAAAAAAUAUCACGAGAGGCGAAAACAUUCUUUUCUCCCAACAUGAAAUGAAAACGAGCACAUCACGCAUUAAAUAUCCCUCCGAUUAUUCUC